UCCAUUCGCAGCAAAAUCUGCAUUGAGUCAGAUCUUCACAAUGGCCAGCACAAGCCGGUCACGUUCAGGUCAAGUAGGGUGUCGUAAUCAUCCUGAUGCGCAUAUGAUAGAGGACUACCAUGCAGGGGACAUGGUGUGUUCAGAGUGUGGACUUGUGGUCGGUGAUAGAGUCAUUGACGUCGGAUCAGAGUGGAGGACAUUCAGCAACGACAAAAAUUCAAAAGACAUGUGUCGUGUUGGUGCUUCAGAGAACCCUUUGUUAGGUGGUGGUGAUCUCUCAACCAUGAUCCAGUUUGACAAGGGCACCGCUCCUGACGCAUUUGGAAACAAUUUCAAGAACAGAAGAACCUUGAGCAGCUCAGACCGGACACUUCUUGGAGCGAUCAAGGAAAUUAACACAAUGGGAGACCGAUUGAAUUUACCCCGGAUGAUACCGGAUCGCGCCAACACAUUAUUCAAACAAGUCCAUGAAUCUAAGUCACUGAAAGGCCGAAGUAAUGAGGCUAUAGCUGCUGCAUGUUUGUACAUUGCUUGUAGACAAGAAGGUGUCCCCAGGACAUUCAAAGAAAUCUGUGCUGUAUCGAAGAUCUCCAAGAAAGACAUUGGCCGAGUUUUCAAACUGAUUUUGAAAACCUUGGAAACAAGCGUCGAACUGAUUACAACUGGCGAUUUCAUGUCUCGUUUCUGCUCCAAUCUCAACCUACCGCAAUCUGUACAGAAGGCCGCCACCCAUAUAGCACGCAAAGCCAUGGACCUGGAUCUCGUGUCGGGGCGGAGUCCAAUAUCAGUAGCAGCUGCUGCCAUUUAUAUGGCGUCCCAAGCAUCAGAACAUAAGAAAGCGCCAAAAGACAUUGGCGAGAUUGCUGGUGUUGCAGAGGUAACCAUUCGUCAGUCGUACAAGUUGAUGUACCCGAAGGCCCAGGUUCUCUUCCCUGAAGAUUUCCGGUUCAACAUACCCAUCGAGAAGUUACCAACAAACUGAAAAAUCCCGUUCUGUCUAGGAGGAGGGGUUGAAAGUUGUGGAGUCUGUUCGUUUGCUGUUAUGAAUAUUGAUGACUUGCUGAUGGUUGCAGAAGUUCUGCAAUUUCUUGUAUUACCCUGUGGUCGCUGGCUUACAGUCAUUAGGCUCAAUAUGGGUCACAGUUCAUUAUAAACCAGGUUGUAUGCUGUGUGUGGUUGCCAGUUCACACAGAUGGCCUACUACAUCUGUCUUGGCAGUGUCUUUGAAAUAUUUUUUACUAAGGUAGAUAUAUUGAGUUAGUGUCUUCAAGUGUGACAAUUUUAUUGUAUUAUAAUGAACAAAAAAGUAUACUAUAUUCUCUCAUAUCUGCAAUCAUGCUAUGUUUUUGGUGCAGGAUACGUUUUCUUCCUGUUUUAUGAAACCAAACUAAUCUUGUCUUGACAAGACAAGGUCUUGGAAAGUUUUGUGUAUUUUUUUUCAAUCUGUUGUAAACAAAAAAAAACAAAGGUAGAUUAUUCAUGUAUAAACCUGUAAACCGCUCUAAAAGUGUGUAGGCGUUAAGUUAUAAAAUAAAAAAUACUUCUAUA